AUGGUGGACUUCUCAUUCAUUUUGGAUGUUGUUGUCGUUGUCGUUGUCGUGGCUGCUACUGCCGCAAUUGAAGUUGCCUUUGCCUUUGCUUGCUUCACUUUUCGUUGA